AUGACAGUUGUAGUUUUAUUAUUGAGUUUAUUAUGGAUUGGUUUAACAAUGGGUCAAAUUCCAAACCCCAAUCAAUAUCGAUUUACCUUGACAACAGAUGGUAGAGCUCAAGAACGCUAUGCCAUUGAUAAACCAGCUGGUAAAAUGUCUCGUUUAUGGUACUCGAAUGAUGGCGAUGAAGAGUUUGGUGGCAAUCAAGAUAUAUAUGUACGUGACGAUGCUCGCACUUAUCUUUUUAAUUUUAUGUCGAAACCACCACAAUGCAUUGCCAACCGAGGUGGUCCAUACAAUGAAAUGAAUUAUUGGCCAAAUCUCGUUCAAUCAUUUGGUGGUGAACAGAAAAUAUAUGAUGAGUUGAUAUUUGAUUCCGAUUGUGAUGGUACGUGUCUUACUUGGAAAACAGAAUUUAAUGAAACAUACCAUCAUUAUCGAUAUGUAAACCGAUUGUAUGUCAAAAAAGCCGAACAAAAACCAAUCAAAAUAGUUAUGAGAAAAUAUGAUCUGGAUACAGGAAAACUGCUUUCAACAACUGUUACGAGAUUUGCCAAUUGGAUAACAGGCAAAGUACCGGAUUAUGAAUAUGAUUAUCCAAUGGACUUGAAAACAUGUUACAAACCAUAA